AAACUAAUGACCGCAGGAAUAAGAAGAGGCAGAGCUGAGUCUCUUCUUGAAUGAAGAUGACACUGGACGCAGCCAAUGCCACAGUGAUGCAGGGCUUCAACCGGUCUGAGCGGUGCCCAAGAGACACGCGGGUAACACAGCUGGUGUUCCCAGCCCUCUACACCGUGGUUUUCUUCACCGGCGUCCUGCUGAACACUCUGGCACUGUGGACCUUCACGCACAUCCCCAGCUCCUCCACCUUCAUCGUCUAUCUCAAGAACACUUUGGUGGCUGACUUGAUAUUGACGCUCACGCUUCCUUUCAAAAUCCUCUCUGACUCACACCUUGGUCCCUGGCAACUCAGGGCUUUUGUGUGUCGCUUUUCUGCCGUGAUCUUUUACGAGACCAUGUAUAUCGGAAUCAUGCUGCUGGGCCUCAUAGCCUUUGACAGAUUCCUCAAGAUCAUCAGACCUUUUGGGAAAUACUUUAUUAAAAAACCUGUUUCUGCAAAAAUAAUCUCAACCCUCAUCUGGGUCCUGUUGUUCCUCAUCUCCCUGCCAAAUAUGAUCCUGAACAAUAAGACAGUGACACCAUCCUCUGUGAAGAAGUGUGCAUCGCUGAAGAGCCCUCUGGGGCUGUGGUGGCACCAAGUGGUCAACUACAUAUGCCAGUUUAUUUUUUGGACUGUUUUUGUUCUAAUGUUUCUAUUUUACUUGGUAAUUGCAAUGAAAGUAUAUAGUUCUUAUAAGAGGUUCAGAAGUCAGGACGGCAAAAGCAGCAGAAGGGUGGAAGGGAAGGUAUUUGUGGUGGUGGCGGUCUUCUUCGCGUGCUUUGCUCCGUUUCACUUUGCCAGGAUACCAUACACUCACAGCCAGACUAACCACACAACCGACUGCAGGCGGCAGAAUCAGCUGUUCAUUGCGAAAGAAACAACUCUCUUUUUGGCAGCAACUAACAUCUGUAUGGACCCUUUAAUAUAUAUAUUCUUAUGUAAAAAAUUCACAGAAAGACUGCCAUGUAUGAAAUGGAAAAAGACCACAGCAUCAAACCAAGAACACUGCAUCAGUGCAACAGUAAACAUAACCCUAGGCUGACAACUGUGUAUGUGACUAAUUUCCAGCUUGUCAUGACAUUUGAAGAGGUCAUUUACUUAAAAAUCAAAAUUAAGCAAAAGAAAAAAAUCUGUAAUUAAUGCUUUCUUAAAAUUACCGUAGUGUACAGCAAAGCCUGUGUAACUUAACUCCACUCAGAUCUAUUCAUAAGCAGGAGCAGCCAAUAUGAGAACCCAACAAACAGAAAGCAAAUGGCCACUAGGGGUCACCUUUUCAAGGACAUUUAAUUAAUACCUUGGGAAAGAUUAAGAACUUUAUCCCAAAAAGCCUCCUCUCCAAACAUCUUUCAUUCUUUCCCAUGCAAUUUUGAGAAUGCAACCUCCUUUAUAGCAGUAAAAUGUUAAUAUUUCUGACAUAAACGAACCCUAACUUCCCAAGUUCCUCUAUGAAAGCCAGAACAGAGAUGGAAACAUGCCAGACAUGAAGUCUCAGGAUUCCACGUGGCUCAAAAACCCCUCUGAAAUCCUGGGGCAGAAGUCUCUCCUCAGGAUUCUGAAGAGCCUCUUCUACACUUUACAGUACACUACAGGAGGUACAAGCCACACACUCUCAAUGCAUAUAAACUGAGGAGGAGAACACUGUUUUUCAGCAGGAUUUCCCUGGGCCACUGUCUACACCCCACCUCUGCCACCUGGUUAAAAACAACCACCUCACCACCCUCCGGGUGCAUGUUAAGUUCCUCAUCACAGAUCUACUUACUAUUUAGCUGCAGUUCCUGACUGCGCUGCUAAUGACAGUUACAUUCUUAUAAGUUUUCUUGAUACUUUCCAAAGUAUUUCCCACAAAUCAUGGAUUCCAGUUGUUUUUAAAGUACAAUGUGCUCUUCAUGGUAUAUACAUAAGGAAUGUAGUUGCUGACCCAAAAAGCAGUAAUAUCCUCUGGAAAUUCUAUUUUCAAUGUCUACUUAUUCUUACUUACUUCUGUUAAUUUCCUAAGUCCCUUUGUGGGCUAAAAAUAGUUUUUAAGGGACAUGUGGUUUUUUUCUGGAAUUACAAGUGCUAAUUAAUAUUAGCUAGAGAAAAUACAAAAA